GUUGUGUCUGUGAAGUCGCCUCGCCAUAUGCCAUAAACGUGUGUACGUGUGAGUUUGAUGACAUGCAAUGGUUUCACUCAUAGUAACUAGAUGAUACCAACACUAUUCGUUUAGAACCAAGACAUUUAGGAAAGUAACCAGCCUUUACUCAGCAGUCAGCACAAUUGCACGGUGUGCCUUUGUAUCGCGUUGCAAUCAUGUGCAAAAAGUUGGGUUAAAAUGUUGCUCGACAUGGUUUUCUUUAUUUCUUUUGUCCAUUUGAAAUAAUUUCUCACAUGCUUGUGCAUGCAGGAUAUCUGGUGUCAUAUAUAUUCCCUACUGUCAAUGCAAGAUGCUGCUCGAGCUGCUUGCGUAUCUUAUGCAUUUAAACGUUCUUGGAGAUGCUAUCCUAACCUUGCUUUCGAUAUGAUAACAUUGGGCAUAGAUAUAGAAUCAUGUGGAGAGGACGAAAUAGCAAGGAAUUUUACCAGCAAAGUUGACCAUAUUUUGAAAAACCGCCCAUGCAUUGCCACCAAGACCCUCGAGAUUGUUUUCCGUUACUACAAUAUCGACGUCUGUAACAUUGAUAGCUGGUUUCAGACUGCUGUUACACCAGGGAUUGAAGAACUCACUGUGGAACUAUCUUCAAACUCAGGAAGAUAUUACAACUUUCCGUGGUCACUUUUGGCUAAUGAGAGUGGAAACUCGAUUCAGUAUCUAAAUCUUGCCCGUUGUGCUUUCUCUCCGACUGGCGGGUUGUGCUUUAAAUGCUUGACAAGACUCGAUCUAAGCGACGUUCAUAUCACGGGGGACCAGUUGGGAUCGCUUCUUCAAAAUUCUUUUGCUUUGCAACGGAUGCAACUCAAGUGUUGCAAUAAGAUAAUUUGCUUGAAGAUACCGUUUCAUCUACAACAGCUCAGAUAUCUGGACGUGUUUGACGGCAGCACCUUGCUGCGGGUUAUAGAGGUAGAAGCUCCAAACCUCUCUAAUUUCCAGUUUAUGGGUCAUCGCCAAGUACAACUAUCACUUGCAGUAGGAUUGCAAUUCAAGAAGUUCGACCUGUCCUUUCCUGGUGCUGUCAGCUAUGUUUGUUCUGCUUUUCCGCCCAGCUUGCGAUAUGUUGCAGCUCUUUCCCUAGGUUCAUGGCGUGAGAUGAUUGAUACACCGGUUCUACCUAGCAAAUUCUUACAUCUCAAGCACUUGAGUGUUGAUCUUCAAGCAAUGACAUUUCCCCCAACCUACGACUACUGUUCUUUGAUAUCCCUUUUUGACGCUUCUCCUUCCUUGGAGACCCUUGUCAUGAACGUUUUGCAGAAAAAGAUGUUGCACAAAUCAGUCGUGGGAGAUACAACACAUUUGAGGCAGAUGCCAGGACACCGCCAUGAUAGCCCCAAAACAGUGAAGAUCAUUGGUUUCUCCUUUGCGAAAAGCCUAGUAGAGCUAACAUGCCAUAUCAUUGAGAAUACAACGUCACUUGAGGGCCUUACAUUGGACACCACAAGAGGACAUCCUUCGUAUAACUGUUUAACCAACAAUAUUGGAAAGUGCAUGCUAUUGCACGGGGAUUUUAUGGUGGAAGUUCAUAAAGGGCUCUUGGCUAUCAGGACAUACAUUGAGCCAAAAGUUCCUUCCAGAGUCAAGCUAAAUGUUGUGGAGCCUUGCCGCCGAUGCCAUGAUCAACCAUUGAUCAUAUGUUGAACUUCAUAUGCAAGUUAUCAUAAGUACCCUAUGAUUCCUGUGUAAGUUAAACUAGAACGCGAGGAACCUUGCUGCUGCUGCUACCUGGGGUAUACACCCCAACCCCAAUGUUU